GUGAGAGAUCCAGAAGCACAGCUCUCUGACUCUGCACUCGCGCUCCGGCUCAUCUAAUGCUCGCACUCUCUGAUUGGACAUCCUGAGAAGGAUGACUGGGAAAACUCAAACCAGCAACAUAACAAACAAGACAGACCCUCGCUCUCUGAACUCCAGAGUGUUCAUUGGUAACCUCAACACCGCCGUGGUUAAAAAAACCGACAUCGAGCUCAUUUUUGCCAAGUAUGGCAAGAUCACGGGCUGCUCUGUGCACAAGGGCUUUGCUUUCGUCCAGUAUGCCUGCGAGAGAAACGCACGCUCAGCUGUGGCAGGAGAAAACACCAGGGUGCUCGCUGGACAGACAUUAGACAUUAACAUGGCUGGAGAGCCCCGUCCUUACAGACCUAAAGUGGGAUCCAAGCGCCCCUUCUCUUUAUACAGUGGAUACGAAUUUGAUUACGAUUUCUACAGGGAUGAUUUCUAUACCAGGAUUUUUGACAUCCAUGGGCGAUUAGCACAAUCUCCUCGGGCUGUGAUACCCAUCAAACAUUCCCGUUUGGUUGCGCUCUCAACACGCAGGAUGAAAAACUCUUUCCAGCCAAAGAUGUCCACCUGCUCUUCCUAUCUAAAAACACUGUCAUCAGUGAAAUCCGAUCAGCUUCUGACAAUCAAGCAAGAACUGUCUCAGAUCAAGAUUAAGAUCGACUCUUUACUGGGAAGGUUAGAGAAGAUUGAGAGGAAGCAGUUAGCAGAAGCAGAUUUGCACAGGAAGCAUGAGAAGGCCUAUCGAAGUCUCUACCUUGAGACAGAAGAAAAUCCCGGCGAAGAUGUGGAUCGGUGUCAUCAGGAAGCAGGGUCUUGGGAAGUGACCGAAGAAGGUGAUGACAGAUAUGAUGAGAGGGUUAACAAUGGACUGAUAGAAAACCACAUAUCUGAUGUAGACAACUGAACAAGGACUGAAACCAGUGCUCCUGUCAAGUUUACAAUUUUUGAAUGAAAUCUAGUUGGAAUUGUUUUAAUUUUCAUAUCAGUCUAUUUAUGUAUUCAUUAAUGUAUGUACAAUAUGUUUGUAGGUAGGGUUGUAUGCUAUCUAUCUAUCUAUCUAUCUAUCUAUCUAUCUAUCUAUCUAUCUAUCUAUCUAUCUAUCUAUCUAUCUAUCUAUCUAUCUAUCUAUCUAUCUAUCUAUCUAUCUAUCUAUCUAUUUACAAAUAAUUAAUUUCAAUUUUAUAUGAAAUGUGAAAGUCAAAUCCAUAAAGUUAUUCAGCUGAACAUGAUAUAUGUAAAUAGAAACAAUAAAAGGUUAAAACCAUAUUUGCAAUAUUAUUAGUGUAUUUUAUCUUACAAAAAAACUACAGAUACAUGUCAUUGUUAUUUUAAGGUUUACAAAUAAACAUUGUAUUGUAAAUUGUAGCCUACGUGCAGUUGAUUUUUGAACAUUAAUUAUGUAC